CAUUCAGACAAGGAUCAAGAUCAAGCACAGACAUGGCUACUGAGAGCUCACAGAUGUUCCUCCUGUUGGCCGUCUUUGUCCUGGGCAUCUUUGCUGAUCCCUGUGAGAGCCAAGAGCUGAGAUGCCAGUGUAUUCAGACACAAUCUGACUUUAUUCCUCCCAAAUUCAUUGCAAAAUUCCAGAUAAUCCCUGAAGGUGCUCACUGCAACAGAAAAGAAAUCAUAGUCACAUUGAAAGAUGGAAAAUUAAUUUGUUUGGAUCCUGAGGCUGAAUGGGUGAUGAAUAUUAUCAAAAAGAUUGUACGCCUUAACUGAUCACCACACAAAAGCAGCACGUUCUAUGGAUCUCAAGAGCCCUUUGUGUCAUCACAAAUUUGGACAUCGUCCAGAGUUUUCUUUGAAAGUAGCACCGAUUUAUGCUAAUUUAGGGCCAAGUUGAACUGCUUUCUCUACUCAUUCUGAUGAUUUAAACAUUAUUUUCAGGCCAGGGAUUGGCUACUUGUGGGAGGAGUAAUGGGAAGAGAGGUAGUACAAUUUCCAUUAUGUAGGAAGGAUAAUCCUGAACUCAUAGAGCAGGUGAGAGAUUUCCCCGUUGGACUCAACACCUCUUAACAGAUCCUACCUCCUCCAUGAUGGCCCCUGCCAUAGACAGAAAAAACGACAACAACAACAACAAAACACUUCCUCAGGAGAACCUUGCUCUUUAGAGAGGUGAUUCACCCAUCUUGAAAACGCCCUAGGCCAAAAGUCCAGGGGCCAGGGUGCCGCGUUCCAAGCAAGGGUCUGAACUUCUGUAUACUCUUAUAAAUGUGAAAACCUGGCAAAAACAAAGCAAAGUAUCUCUAUCACUUGCAAAAUAGUUGAGAGGAAAUAAAAUUAAAGUUGCUUUGAAAGUAAGCAUGAAGAAUCACAGUGUUAUCCUUAUUA